AUGGAGCGACUACUAAGGAAGCAAGCGGCCCUGCGACAAGCCAUCGGCACUACCAUCGGAGCGGCCAGCACCUUACUUCAAGCGACAGAAGCAUCAACCGGUGAGCUUGAAGAACAUUUGGACAUCCUUCUUGAACAAGCUGAAGAGCUUAAAGCAGUCAAUGACGCCAUAGAAAAGAAAGUGGACCUACAGGAGCUCGACACCAAUCAGUUCGAGUCUACCAUCCACAAGAAUCCAGCUCUACAUCCAAUUGACAAGUUUCAGUACUUGACGAGCUAUCUCAACGGCAAAGCAGCAGCCGCUAUCGACGGGCUACCACUCAGUGACCGAAAUUAUGAAAUUGCAGUGAAGACAUUGGUCGAAAGAUUCGGAAAGGACGACGUUAUCAUUGAAGAACAUAUGUCGAGAUUGCUCAACAUCCGACCUGUCCAUAACAUCCUCGACACCGAGAGGCUGCGGACCCUUUAUGAUGAGGUACAGACGGGGGUUCGGAGUCUCGAGGCAUUGGGUGUGGCGUCGAGCACUUAUGGAGUGCUUUUAUUGACGGUCCUACGGAAGAACAUCCCGAAUGAGCUUUGCCUCGGUUACUGCAGACAAAAGACAACAUCUGCAGUCGCGCCAGGAGAUGAUCUUCAAAAUUUCCUCAGUGUCCUCAAGACCAAAGUAGAAAGUCGAGAGAGGGCCGAAUGUGGAACCCGCCAACAGCUGAGCACCGACAGACUGAGUCGCCCGAGCCGCGAGGAUAUUCCUGAAAAGAAGGCGUCCGCGUCGGUUUUAACUGCCGACAUGAAAGCUGAAACACUGUGCAAAUUUUGCGAAGCGAGCAGCCACUUAACCGCCGACUGUGAUGUUGAUUUGACUGCGGAUCAGAAGAGGACAAUUGUGCAGCGGGAAAGACUCUGCUUUAGGUGCGCCAAGGCAGGUCAUCGAGCAUACGAAUGCCGCACCUCAAGAUGGCUUAAAUGUAGGAGAUGUUGCGGCCGGCACGUUGCAGCCCUGUGUAACCUGAAUCGACCACCAGCGACAGGAAAGUCGGAAGAGAAGACUGUACUCACUGAGACAAUCGUGCAGUCUUCGCUGCAAGUCGAAGGCACCAAGAAGAGAACCCGUGUCCUUCUGCAGACGCCUCAAGCGUGGGUUCAGGGUAGGGAGAAGCAAGCGAUGGUCAGGCUGAUGAUUGACGGCGGAAGUCAGCGUACCUUUGUCAAGAAAGAGGUUUCACAGAAGAUGGGACUGCGUGUGAUGGGAGAGGAGACCCUGAAAAUAAUGACAUUUGGAAACGACAAGCCGUAUCAGGAAUGA